AUGGAGGACUUCGAGAUAUUUAAGAAAAAGAAUGAGACUUGGCAUCCGGUCGAUCAAACAAGCAAUCAAAAAGCUCUGUAUACCCAGCUCGUCAUUUCUUUUGCGCUCGGAUUGGGUGCAUUUCUAACUUUUUGUGUCCUUCGUACCAAAUGGACAGGAUUGUAUGCCGCUCGUAAAAAACAACACGAAGCGGCAUCGAGCUUGCCCGAGCUCCCUAAUACGUUUUUCGGCUGGAUACCAACGCUCAUCAAAAUUAGCGAUGAGGAAGUGCUGGCUUCAGCUGGACUUGAUGCUUUUGUCUUCCUUUCAUUUUUCCGAAUGGCCAAGAAGUAUCUCGCGGUAACGCUCUUCUUUGCGCUCGUAGUAAUCCUUCCAGUCAAUGUUCAUUACGAGAAUGACUGGGGAUGGACCGAUACGAACUCUACAGAACCAUCAAUUCCGUGGGUGGAGCCGUGGACGGUGUCCCAGGGUUUGACCACUCUAAAGAAAUCCAAGAGGAAAGAUCACCCGCCCACAACUCAUCUUUGGAUGUAUGUCGCCUUUACAUACCUCUUCAGUAUAUUUGCAUUCUAUCUUCUCAUCGUGGAGACGAAACGAAUCAUACGAAUACGUCAGGACUACCUUGGCAGUCAAUCAACCAUAACGGAUCGAACAAUCCGCCUGUCUGGUAUUCCGCCCGAGUUCAGAUCGGAGGACAAAAUCAAAGAUUUUAUUGAGAAGCUGGAAAUUGGAAAGGUAGAGAGUGUUACCCUCUGCCGGAAUUGGAAAGAGUUGGAUGAUCUGAUUGCUCAAAGGGACCAAGUCCUGAGGAAGCUUGAGGAAGCCUGGACUGUUUUCUUAGGGAAGCGGCGUGUGGAAAGGAACCUCGAGUCUCUGCCGGUUGCACAACCUUUACCACCUGACCCUUUGCCUCUACAAAGUGGGGAGGAUGAAGAAAGUCGACUGCUAAAUGAUGUUGAGGCAACAGAAGCCCACUCUGCACCCUAUGCUCGUAAAAGGCCUGCCACUAGAAUCUGGUAUGGGCGGUUCAAUCUUCAAAGCAAGAAAAUCGAUGCCAUUGACUACUACACGGAAAAACUACGUCAACUGGACGAAAAGAUUACGACGGCGCGACAAAAGGAAUACCCUCCAAUGCCUUUGGCCUUUGUCUCAAUGGACUCCGUUGCCGCUUGUCAAAUGGCUAUCCAAGCCAUCCUGGACCCACUCCCCAUGCGGUUUCUGGCGAAUCCGGCUCCAGCACCCUCAGAUGUUGUGUGGCGUAAUACUUAUAUUUCACGCACAAGCAGAAUGAUCCGUGCGUGGUCAAUUACUGUAUUUAUUGCAUUUUUGACAGUCUUUUGGUCCGCGUUGCUCGUGCCGAUAGCAGGAUUGCUCAACUUGGAGUCAAUCCAUAAAGUGUGGCCGCAACUCGCUGAGACCCUCGAGAAACAUCAAAUUGGAGGAGCUUUGGUCCAAACCGGAUUACCCACAUUGAUUCUUUCUUUGCUCAAUAUUGCUGUUCCUUACUUGUACAAUUGGCUCUCAAAUAUGCAGGGCAUGACUUCACAGGGCGACGUUGAGCUUUCUGUCAUCUCCAAGAACUUUUUCUUCACAUUUUUCAAUCUAUUUGUUGUUUUCACCGUAUUUGGAACCGCUUACAAUUUCUACGGCUUUGUUGACAGCUUCCGGGAUGCCCUUCGAGACACCACACGAGUGGCUUAUACUCUUGCUGCAUCUUUGCAGGGUCUGGCCUCAUUUUACGUGAACCUUAUAAUUCUUCAAGGAUUAGGACUCUUUCCUUUCCGGUUACUUGAAUUUGGUGCUGUUGCAUUGUAUCCAUUGGGCUUGAUUGGUGCCAAGACUCCUAGAGAUUAUGCGGAACUUGAGCAACCUCCAGUGUUCAGUUACGGCUUCUUCCUUCCGCAGACGAUGCUCAUAUUCAUCAUUUGCACCGUAUACAGUGUCUUGCCGAGCUCGUGGCUCGUGUUAUCAUUCGGUCUGAUAUACUUUUCCAUUGGCGCAAUUACCUACAAAUAUCAGCUCCUCUAUGCCAUGGACCAUAGACAGCAUUCGACUGGAAGAGCUUGGACAAUCAUUUGUAACCGCGUCAUUCUUGGUCUGAUUGUCUUCCAACUUGCAAUGGCCGGUGUCCUUGCGCUCAAGACGGCGUUUAAACGAUCCGCGCUAAUCUUGCCUCUGAUAAUCGGAACCAUCUGGUUCAGUUACUUUUUCUCACGCUCCUUCGAGCCUCUGACUCUAUUUAUUGCUCUCAGGAGCAUCCACCGGCCGGAUCAUCCUGACACCUAUGUCUCAGAGAAUAGCUUCACGCAAGCUCUUGGCCAUAGGGUUGACCCUUCUGCCGAGAACGGGGCACCCCGUGGCCGGACGGUUGACGAACAACGUGAGACUGGUCUUCGAUUCAUGAAUCCCAAUCUCACUUCCGAGUAUGUGUGCCAGGUCCAUUUGGGGUGUUUGCGUACAUCAUUGCUAAUUUUUAUCUUUAGAUUGGGAGGUGUCUGGAUCACGAAGAGGCAUAAUACGAGGAGUGGAUCCAACUCACCAUGA